CAUUGUCUUCUCUAGAUCCUUCACAAGUACCUUCAAUUUCAAGAAGAAAGAGAAAAAAAUGCUAGAAUUUCCAAUAGUAGCAGUGGUGAGUUUAGUACUGGCCGGAAUAUGGAUCUGGAGGGCUUUCUCGCAGAAAUCCUAUGACCCACCGACGCCUCCUCUUGUCACCCAUAAGCAUCCUUCAUUGGCGCUGUCUUGGCGCCAAUGAAGAUGAUCAUGGGUGACAAGAGCUUGUUCUUCAUGGAGGGCCAGAGAGCGAAGAGCUUCCGUCACAUACUUAUGGCGUUCCUUGGUCCCGAGGCUAUGCGAAGGUAUGUUGCGAGGGCCAGCUCCAUCGCCCAGGCACACAUCGAGAAGUUUUGGCUGGAUGGAUCGGAGGUUCGAGCAUAUUUACUCGUUAAGAAGGCCUUGUUCUCGGUGGUGUUUAACUUGUUUUUGAGCAUACAAAACGAGGAGGAGGAGAAAGAGCUCUUGGUUCCAUUUGAGGAGUUUUUGCACGGCUUAGUCGAGCUGCCCAUCAACUUUCCAGGGACCAAGUUUCGGCGGGCAAAGCUUGCGACGCGCAAGAUCUUUGGGAAGCUGGACAAGUUCAUAAGCAAGAGAAAGGUGGAGCUUCAGGAAGGGAGGGCGUCGGCUGAGCAAGAUUUGCUCAGCGUUCUCUUGACAACGAGGGGAGAGGAUGGAGAGAGAACACCUGGAAAGUUGCGUCUGGUCCCUCCAGUGCUGGGAAACACGCGGAUAGCGAUCACGCAAAUGACCAUCGAGGGCUUCACAGUUCCAAAAGAUUGGCGAUUCAUGUGGAGCGUCUUCCGGAGCAACAGGAGGAGCGCGUUCUUCCCCGACCCAGACAAGUUCGAUCCGGAGCGAUUCGAUGGGAGCUCGGGCUUGAUCCCAUACACGUACGUUCCAUUUGGUGGAGGCCCUCGCAUUUGCCCCGGGAACGAGUUCGCCAAGAUGCUCCUCCGCGUGUUCUUGCAUCAUCUCCUCACCCAGUUCCAGUGGGCGCUCCUCGAUCCAAACGAGCACUCCAUUCGCACUUCCGGCCAACGGCCUCCACGUCAAACUGUCCAAAAAUCCAAUAUAAUCCCUCGCGAGGUUCCCUGGAUCUUGGAAACCAUAAACUAUAUCACUCGAUCUUGGAACCAUAGCAUCACACUUUACCACCAUUUUUAUAACGUCCUUCCACGAAUCAAGCAUGUUGCAUGUAUCUUUCUUGUGGAAGCUUCAGGAUCUUGA